CGGACGUACUACCAGGCGAGUGCGCUGCUGAAGGCGGCGGAGGCGGCGCCGGCGGGAUCGGAGCGAGAGGCGACUGUACGGCAGGCUGUUUCCAUGCUGCUGCGGGUGCCGCUGGUGGUGCACCUGGAGUCGCUCACCAGCCAGCUGGCCAACCUGAAGCACUACGAGGGUAUCGUGACUGUGCCCCUAGCGGCGGCAGCGGCGCGGGACCCCGAGGGCCUAGCGCUACGGCCCGAGAUGGGCCCUGCAUGCGAAAUGGCGCGGCAGCGGCGGCGGGAGGCGUACGGACACAUCUUUGCGGCGCUCCGUGCCGUACUUGGAGGUGGCGGCGAAGGAGGUGCCGGCGGCAGCGCGGCGGCGCUAACGACGGCGGAACGUACGGCGUUCAAGUCGGCUUUGUUGAAGGCCGCACUGGCCUCCAGCGACCGCUUCUUCAUGGACGAGCUGUACGGCUUCCUGAUUGGUUUCGGAGCCGCGGAGGAGCUGCUGUCGCGGGAGGCGCCCGGGCUGGAGGAGUACCUGGUCAGGGAGGGCGGUCUGCUCCCAGCCGUCGCCUCCUC